UGGUAGUCGUUGCUGUUUGUAGUUGUCUGCAGUUUGUGGUGUAAAGCUAACAAGGUAGACCCAAAUCUCAUAGUUUAGUUAUCUGUUGGGCCUUUUUUUGCAACAUUUUGAAAGCAGCACAACAUUCAUAUGAUGGACGCGAUUUUAAACUGCCAGUCCAAGGAUUUAGAGGACUAUUACGCUUUGCUAGGAUGCGAUGAGCUGUCUUCGUCAGAACAGAUUCUUACUGAAUUUAAGGCACGAGCCCUUGAACGUCAUCCUGACAAGCAGCCAGGAAACCCACAAGCAGUUGAAGAGUUUCAAAAACUGCAGAAAGCCAAAGAUGUCCUCCUUAAUGAAGACAGUCGUUCACGAUAUGACUACUGGAGACGCUGCCAAAUCGCCAUCCCCUUUCAAGAAUGGGAAGCACUCAGCGACUCUGUAAAAACGUCUAUGCACUGGGCUGUGAAGAGUAAGAAGGAACCUAUGUUGGAGGCCCCGGAAGAGCAGCAUAACUACAGCUGCCAUGUUUCCACAGAGGAGAGUAAAGGCUGUAAUAGCAAAUCAGAGCAGAUUGAUACGCCAGAUUCUGAAAUACUGGCUGAUAAUCAGAAAGCUGACUCACCUCAUUCUCCAUCCUCUCCAAAUGAGAACUACUGGCAUUUGCGUUUCCGAUGGUCAGCUGACACCCCUUCUGAACUCCUGAGGAAAUUCCGAAAUUAUGAAAUCUGAUAUGGGACCCCAUCCUUUGCUGAAGGAAACAUCUUAAUGUCAGCCUCUUGUGUACUUGUCCCAGUGCUAUAUAUGUUGCAUUUCUUCAUAACAUCUUUAUCUUCUGACCUCGCAGCUCAGCUUCUCUUAGCUUGUGUUGUGUCUUAAUGCGUGUGGAGUGCUAGACAUUUAUGUCUAGAUGUUCAUUUCUAUCUACAUACACAAGAGUAUUGUUUGUAGUGUUUUGUGUCUGUUCAGAUACUGUCUAUUCUUCUAGAUUAUUAGGCCAAAGAUGUAUUUUAUUGUAUUUAAUUCCUCAGCCUGCAGCAGCACCAUAGGCAUAUUUGGUGGGUCCUCACUGUUGAGAGUAACAUCCAUAGUGAAGAACCAAAAAUCCACCAGAGUGAUGCUUUACAAAUAAAGAUUAUUCAAAUAACUUCACAUCCCUAAGGUUCUGUCACAGGUUUAAGGGUGACAGUUGUCAAACCAUGGCCCAGGUAUGCUAUAAACACUCCAUGUUUAGUCUUUUGUUUUAUAUCACACAAGCAAAAGGUACUCGAUUAUUUAAACCCAAAUGUAUUCGGCUACCCCGGUCUUCCUUUUGAAACUACCGUGUCCUGUGUCAAUGUAUGAGGGCAGUUUUUUUUCCAGAUCUUGGUUUGAGAGCCAUCUCUUUCCCUAUUUAGGAGUUUGUUGCUAAUUUGGGGGGUUUGUAGACUUCAUUGACCCACACUCCUAAAAGAUCCAGUCAUUGUAAUAUAUGUGUUCAUAUUUUAUGCAUGCUAUCAGAAGCUUGUCAGAGACAAUGAUAGGUUUUCUUCAUGUGCAGUAAAUGUACACAUACAGGUAUCUUCAGGUAUUUCCUGUAUUAACCGUAGCAGCCUUUAACUUCCUAGGAGCCUCGUCUUUGUGUGUAGAUGUAUUAUAGGAUUCUCGUGAGGUUGUGGUGAAGUAAGAUGUAUAGUAAAAGUAACAGCAAGAGCAUUCUACCCAUGUCCCCAUUUUCAAAUGAGCUGCUGGGUUCUUCGGGUAGGAAAGGCUUCAUUCAAUUGGGCUGCAGCUGCCCUGAGCUUUGGAUGGGACAGAAUUUUCUCUCAAGGCUCCCUAGCAGGGACUAUACAGGGGAGUGGCAACAGCUUAAUGACUUAGAUGGCACACAUUUUCAAAGCUGAUUAUAUGAAUUUCUUACAGUCCUUCACCCAAUGCGUGAUCCGUGAUACGUGAUCUUGAGCUGGAUUAAGUGGGUUUGAUAAUGAAUGAAUGGAGGGAUUACACAGGGAAUGUGACUUAGUUAGACAGAGCAUAUUGUUUAUCCUCUAGACUUCCUUUUAAGAAUACAUAAAUCUGCAGUAUUGUAUUAUAAAUGUUGGAUGAUAUCCGAUAUCAUUAAAGGUAUUUGCUGAUAUGUUCAGCGUACAUAUUACAGAAUAAAGCAAAGUGAACAGAA